UUUAAAAGAAAAAUCUGCAUCUGGUUUAUUUUAGUAACUUUAGUUGAAGAUAGUUAAAGUUUUAUAUAUCAAAGGAAUUCAAUAAUAGUCAUCAAAGUGGGGUUACCUAAUUAGAGAUAGAACUAGUUGAACAGACAAGAGAGAAAUCAAUGGGGAAUCUAGGCUUGACAAUGACUCCAGUGAAACAUGAUCUAAGCAUUGUCCCCUAGAAUACCAAGCAUCAGCUGGAGGGACAGUGAAAAUAUAGAUAUGAUAAAUCACAGUUUUCUGAUCUCACCUUCACCUCCUGUGAUCUCAUUUUUAUUCCUUGCCUCUCUGUCUGGAGGUCCUUUAAGAGUCGUUUCGAGUAGUAUCUACAUAAAGCAUCUUUGUACAUCCACAAAAUUUCAAGCUGACUCUUCAGUGAAAAUUGUGGGAGAAGAAAAGGCAACCUCUGCUCAAUUACAAUAGCGAUCAGAAUGAUCAGUGCUGUAGAUAGCAAUCAGGGAACUUCAGUGCUUGAUCAAGGAGAAUGGUUGAAUUUGAGCUUAGGAAGGAACUUGCCUUCAACAUCUAAAGAAUCUGAGUCACAUUUACCUACUUCUGCCAAGGUUUUUUCAUGUAACUUUUGCAAGCGGAAAUUCUACAGUUCACAGGCGUUGGGAGGCCACCAGAAUGCUCACAAGAGAGAAAGAGGCGCGGUAAGGCAGUAUCAGUCCCAGAGGAUGAUGACAAUGAUGACUCUGCCAAUCAAUAACCCCAUGUUCAGAUCACUUGGUAUGAUUCCCCACUCACUUGUGCAUAAAUCCGGCAGAGAUGCAAGUGCAACUGUGGCCACGUUCAGCGAGGCUGGUGCAGGAUUUCAGAUGACACCGCAUACCAAUCAAAUGAAGGGAUCAUUUGAUCUGAAGUGGCCCGGAAGUUUUCAACUAAACCAGCAACAAUCAAAAGACCAUGCCUCAAAUCUCAAUAAGCUUGAUCUGAAUCUAAAGCUGUAAUUAUUCUCCUCAUUCAUAUAGCUGCCACCCUAACUAGUUAAGGAUUGAGGCAUAGUUGCUAUUGUUGUUUUAUCCGUCCCAUAUGGAACUCUUUAUUUGCCCAUCUGUUACAGCUUCAGGCCAUCAGUACAUGAACUAAUUUGAUGAA